GCACUGGUCUGGUCUCUUUCUUCAUUUGAAUUUCACGAGCUCUCAGUACAUGAAACUUAUCCAACAAGUUACCUCUUUAAUAAAGAUUCGAAAUUACAACUCAAUCAUCCUUAAAUAACUAUCAAUUUCACUCAAUCUCAACCAACCUAUCAUCAUUUUUCUGAUUGUAACAUCAUGUCUCUACCCGCAGAUAGAUCCCAAAUCGUCUUCUUCGACGUUGAAACCACCCGUCCCGACCAGGGUCGUGUCAUUCUCGAAUUCGGAGCCAUCCUUGUUUGUCCUAAGACACUCAAGAAGCUCGAUGAAUACUCUACUCUCGUCCGACCGACAGAUCCCUCUCUCAUUGCCUCUCUCGCCGCCCGCCGUAAUGGAAUUACUCCGGAAGCUGUCGCCUCUGCCCCUUCCUUUGCCGAAAUUGCCGAACGUGUCUAUGACAUUCUCCAUGCGAGGAUAUGGGCGGGCCAUAACAUCGAGAGCUUUGAUUGUGAAAGAAUAAGAGAGGCAUUCGCUGAGGUGGGCCGGGCCGCUCCCGAGCCGAAGGACACGAUUGACACCUGGGCUUUGUUGACGCAGAGGUUUGGAAGGAGAGCCGGUGACAUGAAGCUGGCCACUCUAGCAACCUAUUUUGGGCUUGGGCAGCAGAAACAUAGGAGCUCAGAUGAUGUCCAGAUGAAUCUUGAAGUUCUCAAGUACUGUGCAACAGUCUUGUUCUUGGAAUCAAGCCUCCCAGACAUAUUCACAGCCAACAGCUGGGUUUCCGCUAAUGCUAGUACAAGAAGUCGAAGUGAUGGUAAACCAUCAGCAGAGGGGACAAGCCAAAACCUUAGUAUGCCCUCUUCAAGACCUAAGUUUGAAGAUGCUCCAAAUUUGUCCUCCCCUAAUAUAGGAACAGGGGAGGACCUUCCUAUAUUAUCUUUGGUAACUCACAGAAGAAGGGAGGAGUUCUCUGAUUCAGUCGUGGCUAAUCCAGAGCAAACAGAUUCUUUUGAUACGGGCAGACUUAGCAAUCAGAUGGAAAUUGAAUCCCUUCAACCGGAUGUCACCAUGGAAGAAAAGACAGAAUUGGUGUCUCCUAAGAUGAAUUCAGCAGCUUCUGUUUUUGAGGUUUCAAGUGACCAAAACGCAUUUAUAGAACCUGAUAAAGUUUCAAUUCCUAACAUCAGUGCCUGUUUCGUGCCACUGUUUCAUGGUGGUCAAAUUCAGAAAAUUAAAAUAUUUCACAGAUAUGUUUUGCAGCUUUUUUGUGCUCGUUUGAGAGUAAGAUUUGGAAUAAGUCCGAAGUUUGUUGAUCCUGCUGGUUGGCCACGGUUGAAUUUCGUGGUUGACAUAUCUCCAAGUUUAUGUGAGGUUCUGGAUGCAUGUGAUAGUGUUGUGCGUGAAUUGACUGUGGAUUCUGACUGGCGGCCUGUUGUUUCCAGAAAAGAUAGCUUCGUCAACUAUCCCACGGCAAGAUUACAUAUACCUACUGUCGUAAGUGGCAAUGUUGCUCAAUAUGGCACAGAGAUAUACCAGAAAGAACCAUCUGGGACUGAACGCAAGCUUGUGUUUGAGAAAUUUGAUGCAGCAGAACUCAAUGACUUGUUCCAACCAGGUACCUUUGUGGAUGCAUUCCUUUCCGUGGAACCAUAUGACUAUCAGCAGAGUGGAGGCAGUGGAGGCAUCCGACUAAUGGCAAAAAGGUUGAUUAUCCAUUCUAAGUGAUGGAAGAAAAUGAUUAUCUGAUGGAUACCUGGUCUGCUGCAGGUUUGACGGUAACCUGGACUGCUAUUCUCUGCUCUUCAGAGAGCUCUUUCAUAUUCAGCUCUGGAUCAACGAAGCUGUUGUGUCUAUUUUGUGUGAGUUUGUUGGACUUGUUGUAAAUGAUGGAUUGUGUUUUGGCUUAAUGUUAUAGAGUGAGUGGAUUGUAUUUGAGACACAAUGAAAUGCAAAUCAAAAUUUUCUGUAA